GGGUGUAGUUCAAGUGGAUACCCACGCACACCCCACAUCCACCCACACCCUGAAAAUUUUUUUAGCAUCAGGAGAAAGCUCGCCCAAAGCUGCGUCUAUAUAUAUAUAACUCAACAAGAUACUAUUUGGGGAGCUUAUUUAAUUUUUGAGCGUAAAGAAGAUCACUACCAUGCGCAAUAGGUCCACAUGGACGGAAAAUAUCAAUUAUUAUUUUAUUUAAAUUGUUUAAUUGUAAGAUUGUGUAGAAUUGUUUUGUUUAUAUUGUACAUUCACUGUUGUUACUGUUGGUAUGUAAUUUAGUUAUUUUAUAAUUAUAAAUAAAUAUUUAGUUACAUUUUAAUCUCGAGGGGUCAGUUGUUUUGGACUUCGUACUAUUAUGCUGUGAUUGAAAAUCAUAGUUCUGUUCAAUAGUAUACUGUUUAACAUAGCUUGAGAAACUUUUGUCGAUAGAUAUCAUGCGUGUUAUGGAAGCCUCUUCAUAUGGCUUGCAGUGCCGAGACGAUCCGUGGCACAAGUCCGAGUGAACUCGGGUCGUCCAAGUCGAUAUCCAAAAGUCUAUUCGAAAGAGCCUGCCCUUUAUGGAAUCAGCGCCGGUUUUGAAACCGACGAGAACAGAUACUAUAGUUUGAUCUUAGCUGAAAAGGUCGAGAAGCGAUAACUAUUUAAAUCAAAUGAAAUCUCUACUGUGCUCUUUUGCAUACGCAUUACUCGCUGCAUGGAACGAAAGAAAAUAGACAACGUAUGAGAACAACGUAGAUAUCGUGCCCCACAGGCCCACGAGUAAAGUUGUUUCUUACUACUUAUCAAGAGAUUUUCCUUUGAUCAUGACAUCUUCAUCAGUAUCAUUAUUUAAAAGAUGUGCAAAUUCUCUUUAACAACAAGAUGAUGCAUUUGCUUUUUCUGAUUCAAAUGAAAAUUGUCAAAAAGUUGAAAAAAAAUGUCAUCACAAAAAAACAAAUCGAUCAAAAGCAACGUGUGAUCGACCGAAAACAUCUUCAGAUCUUACAAGCGAUUAUCAUUGAUCAAGUGUCUCUUCAAAAUCAAGCUUUGUAACGUUUAUAAAUGUUGUCGAAAAAUUACAAGAACGUUUUCUCAAUAGACAAACUGAUGUAAUACUAUUAGAUGAAAUUAUUGAAAGAUCUUGUCUUACAAUUGAUCCAUCAGAUAAACAUUCGCUCGCUUUUGAAGCAUUUUUAUCAAAUGAAAUCAUUGAUGUUAAAAGAGUUGAUGACAUUAACAAAUUUGUAUAUAAGCCAGCAAUUGGUUUUAAAGCUCCAAUAAAACUAUAUCCUCUUAGUCACUUAAAAUCACGACAUGAAAGUUGUGAAAGAGCUGUAACUGUUGGUGAUAUACGAGAUACAAUACUGAAAGCAAGAGCUGAUAGUAUAAUUGAUAGUUUAAUAAAAAGUAGUGAUGUUGUGAAAGUUACGAAUAAUAAAAAAGAAGUUUUAUUUUAUAUUGAUCGUGCUUAUGCUCUUCGUGUUAAUCCAGAAUUUAUUGAAUCAUGGAAAAUAAUAUAG